UCGGUCAGCCAAUGGCGUUGGCGGAGAAGCUGUGAGGGGCGAAGACGGCGAGAAAGAGAGCGAGGGCGGCAGAGGCGCAGCUCGGGGCGAGGAGAGAGGGCUCUGAGGCGGCUGAGGGUUGUAAAGACAGCUCACUGCAUACGUUGUACUACACUUGGGUCAUGUCAUCUAUAUUGCCAUUUACCCCACCUGUUGUGAAGAGACUGUUAGGGUGGAAGAAGUCUGCUGGAGGUACCGGAGGUGCUGGUGGCGGUGAACAGAAUGGCCAGGAAGAAAAAUGGUGUGAGAAAGCUGUGAAAAGCUUGGUUAAGAAGCUGAAGAAGACAGGACAACUGGAUGAGCUUGAAAAAGCAAUCACCACUCAGAACUGCAAUACAAAAUGUGUUACAAUACCAAGCACUUGCUCUGAAAUUUGGGGACUGAGUACACCAAAUACGAUAGAUCAGUGGGAUACAUCAGGCCUAUACAGCUUCUCUGAACAAACCAGGUCUCUUGAUGGCCGUCUGCAAGUAUCCCACCGCAAAGGAUUACCACAUGUUAUUUACUGCCGUUUGUGGCGCUGGCCUGACCUUCACAGUCAUCAUGAACUUAAGGCAAUUGAAAACUGUGAAUAUGCAUUUAAUCUUAAAAAGGAUGAAGUAUGUGUAAACCCCUACCAUUACCAGAGAGUGGAGACUCCAGUUCUGCCUCCUGUUCUGGUGCCCCGGCAUACUGAAAUUCUGACUGAACUUCCGCCACUUGAUGACUAUACUCAUUCCAUUCCCGAAAACACCAACUUUCCAGCAGGAAUUGAACCACAGAGCAAUUACAUACCAGAAACACCUCCACCCGGCUACAUCAGUGAAGAUGGAGAAACAAGUGACCAGCAGCUGAACCAAAGUAUGGAUACAGGAUCCCCAGCAGAGCUGUCUCCCAGUACGCUCUCUCCAGUCAAUCACAGCUUAGACUUGCAGCCAGUUACCUAUUCAGAGCCUGCGUUUUGGUGUUCAAUAGCGUAUUAUGAAUUAAAUCAGAGAGUGGGAGAAACCUUCCAUGCGUCGCAGCCUUCGCUCACCGUAGAUGGCUUUACGGAUCCAUCAAACUCUGAAAGAUUCUGCCUAGGUUUGCUGUCCAACGUUAAUAGAAAUGCCACUGUGGAAAUGACAAGACGGCACAUAGGAAGAGGAGUGCGUCUUUAUUACAUCGGUGGAGAGGUUUUUGCCGAGUGCCUAAGUGAUAGUGCAAUCUUCGUCCAGAGCCCCAAUUGUAAUCAGAGAUAUGGCUGGCAUCCUGCAACUGUAUGCAAAAUCCCACCAGGCUGCAAUCUGAAGAUCUUUAAUAACCAGGAAUUUGCUGCUCUUCUGGCUCAGUCGGUCAAUCAGGGCUUUGAAGCAGUGUAUCAAUUAACUCGAAUGUGUACCAUAAGGAUGAGCUUUGUUAAAGGAUGGGGAGCUGAAUACAGGCGGCAGACGGUAACAAGCACUCCUUGUUGGAUUGAGCUCCAUCUGAACGGUCCUCUACAGUGGCUGGACAAAGUAUUGACUCAGAUGGGCUCCCCGUCAGUGCGCUGCUCCAGCAUGUCGUAAAGCUCCUUCUCAUUACCUGUGGACUUAAAUACGAAGUCCAGGCAACAGACUUAAACCUAACAGCUUGUCUGUCGUAGUAACUCGUGUGUGGUCUCCAUGAACUGUUUCAAUCCAAAAACGUUCUGUGAGAGAGAGAAAAGAGAGAGGGAAAAGGAGAGAGAGAGAGCGAGAGAAAGCACUUGAGGGUCUCGUCAAUUUUAAAGCACCUUGUGGAUUUUGUUUCCUAUACUCUGAUACUAGAUGAAACGUUAGUGUAUAGAAGCACCUUCUUCUGAAGGAGGGAGGGACAUUUUAAAGACUUUAAUGGUGUUUUUAUUGGGUAUAUAUAAAUUGAGUGUCCUAAAGGUUUAUCAAUAACAUGGACAGUUGGAUUAUUGUCAUAACUCCCUCCACCCCUGCCAAUAUGGCACCAUCCUGCUGUUCUGAGUUUUAAUUCCAGUCGAUAGAUAAGCAGGGCUCUUUGACUUAGGCAGCCAUCUCAUAGAAAGAAGUCCCAAGUUCUUGCUUCUCCAUAUUUUUUUAUAUUUUUAUAUAUAAAUAUAUAUACAGGCUUUCCGCUGCCCUAUAACAGACUUCUAUUGCAGACCCCCCCCCCCCCCCCCCAGUACACACGUGAUUCCAAGUGUGCUAAGUUGCGCCUUAAAUCCCCUUUCAUGGAAAGGAAACAGUUACCUGGGUUUUAACUCUGGAAAACCAUGGAUGUUGAGCAGGCUUAAAUGUGCUUGAAAUAAAUGAUAUACAUUGGAACCUUUCCCGGCCUGUGCCACUACCAGAUCAUUGCUUGGUGAAGUUAUUUUCCUCCUUUGCUCGUCCAGGGUGUGGCAUCUCUUACCUGCAAUGGGUGAUCCUGUGGCCCGCCUUGCACCUUGAUUUUUAAAAAUAGGAGGUCGAGGUAGGGAGGUAUUUCCCAGUGGGGACAUACACAGUUGUAAUAUUGCUUGGUCUCUUAAAAGCUGUUAAGCAAUCAGGGACAGAUGGUGGGAGGAUGCAUUCUCCUGACUCCCAGGCCCUUGUUGUGGUACACAGUUCUAGCAUAUGGUUCAGCACAUUUGCUGCCAUGCUACUGGGUUUGUAAUUUGGGGAGGCAUGAGAGUCCCUUAAGCUGCAGAUGCAUGGGAUAUUGCAACGGCAGUUAAAAGUGGGGUAUAGCAUUAUAAUUGUGCAUAAAGAGCCCCUUGUCUCCACAGAUACAAAUGUCCACCUUUGCCAUGGCAAAGGUCAUACUGUCCUUAUUAAAACUGUGGUACCAUUUAAAGGGGUCUGGACAGCCCUAGACAUUGCUAACAAUGCCAUAGUGGUGACUCAACCGAAGCUAGGGAAGAUUCAUACCUAGGUAGAAGGAAUGGGUGCCUCAUUCCAUUCUUUUUAAUUCUCAGUGCCAGCCCUGUGUCAGAAGUGCCACAGAAUCUGCAUGUGUCUGUCAAAAAUGUGUAGGUAGGCACAUUGGAGAAACAUUCCUGCCCUCCUCUCAGUAUAGGUGAAACAACUGUAAAAUACUGAAAACAUAUUUGCGUCUUGAAACCUUAGACUAGGCAUGGGCCUACCUGGAGGGCCAACGUUUGCCCAAGCCUGCCUUAGACAAGACAAACCUUCAGUUAUUUCUGUAGCAGGGAUGAGACUUGUUAGCUUAAUGCUGAUGGAUUGAUAGGCCAAGUAAACUCUUUUUUGUAGUUCCCCCUUCUUCUUUCAUCCUCUGCUACCUACUGCAGCAGGACUCUGGGCAUGCCAUACAGCAGUUAGGGAGGAGUUUACAAGAUCUUGAAAAAGUUGAGAAAGAGGCUUUAUUGUGUUUAUCUUUCAUUCCCUAUCGAUAAAGGUUCCUUGGAGGGAUACAUACAUCACAAGCUGAAAACCAACAUUUCUGAAAGCCUCCCCUCACCCCCAAUGAACUGUGAAAAAUGACUUCUAAAUAGUUUUAAACCUGAAAAGGUUUGAUUUAAGUGAAGGCUUGAAGGGCUGAUCAGGUCCGCUUCCUAUGGUUUAGACCUGAGAAUCCAUCCAUCCAUCCUAGAUGGAAGCGUUGUUUCUAGAGAUUACUUGGGCUGGGUGUGAUCAGCAAAAGGCAGACUCUGUAGUACAUGUUAUUGUGAACCCUGGGACACUACAUUGGACCUUGCUUUCAAACGUAUUUUGAAUUAUAUUCUACACUUAAGUCUGGGUUGGGUAAGGGUUGGGAAACUGUAUAGAAGGGUUCUUACGACUUGAAAAGUAUACAUCUUACUAACAAUCUUGUGAUCUAGCUGUCUGUCAUUCUCUUGAUGUUGUGGCAGUAGCGGGAUUGCGUCUUGUCUGUUUUCUUUCCUUCUCUCCCUGCCCCAAUGGUUCAUUUUCACUAGUACUGUACUUUGUAAGUACACCAACGACAACUUCAGCUUUGAGAACAAACGUGGCCAGUGUUAAACUUUGUAAUCAGCUGACUGAAUUGAUGAUAGCAAUGGAUAUUUUUAUGCCAUAAAGAAAAAAUAGGGCACAGGAGCAAUACCAAAAAUCAAGCCUGGGGGUGGGGGCUCAAAAUGGGUCAAGCAGUUUAAAAGAAUUGGAAAAGCAGUUACCAAUUUGUGUAGUUUUACCAGUAGCCUAAUGUAUUGGUAGAACUUGUGAACCUAAGAGAUAAGCUUUCAUGCGUGUUGCAUUUGCCUAAUAUGUGAAUACACUAAUAAAGUUUUAAUUCUCA